ACCUGAGUCCGCCCUCGCCGCCGCCUCCGCGCCCACCUGGCCGCGCUGGGCACAGCAGCCGCCGCCGCAGCAACAUGUUGCCCAGGGGAGCCUCGUCCAUGCCGCCGCCUCCCAACCCCGCUCCCUACUUCCCGCCUGCCCGGGUUACGCUGCCCUCCGGCCUGGAGAUCCUGCGCACCUUUUCGGGAGCCGUCAUCUUCCUGGAGAUCCUGUUUGGAACAAUAGUCUGGAUUUUGGUCGCCGCUACCCAAAUUCCACUACCGCUGCUGCAGGGAUGGGUGAUGUUUGUGGCAGUGACUGCAUGGUUCCUCUCCAUUGUGUUCCUCUCUGUGUUCCUCCUUGGUUAUGCAAAUAGAAUUGCUGUCAACUGGAACCAGGCGGAUUUCAUUUUCCAUGGGGCUACUUUUGUCUUUUAUUUUGGAGCAUUUCUACUGCAAGCAGCAACAACAUCUCUGCAUCACUUUCCCCGCAAAUUCAACUCCACCACGCAAGAGAGGAUUCUAAGYGGUCGUGAAUAUAACAUAAGCAUAGCAGCCUCGAUUUUUGCCUUUGCAACAGCUGUUUGUUAUGGUUGCAGCACAGCCCUGGCAUUAAGGAGAUGGAGGCUAAAUAACAGCUGAAGAGAGGUUAAURCCCACGUGUUCUACUUCAGAUCAAAUUAAGUCCUACUUGUCUGUUUUACUGUAAUUUAACUCCAGAAAGACUGUUUUUUUCUGCUUGAAAUCUGUUUUAAAUGCAAAUAAGCCUUAAUCAGGAUUUCCUCAAGAGAAAGCAAGUUUCCAUCUCUUCCCUUUCUAAUAUUUACUUUUACUGUGUAYUCAUUGUAAGUGUACUCAUUGUAGGGUAUUAAAGAGUUUAGGGAUAAGCAGAUAUGCCAUUACCAGACAACAGAACUCCAGUACUACACCAGAAGAGGAAGAAAAUGGAAACCAGGCCAAGAUACUAACUGCACAGGCAGCUAAAAAGCUCCACCCUUGUUAAAUCUUGGGAUUAAGUGUUUUGCAGCGUUACAGUGCACUCUAUACAGGUACAGCCUUGAGGCUCCUGGUAAAGUCAUGGGUGUCCUGUGUGCUGUCCUUUGCAUGAUCAGAGCCUCAGCUGACUUUGAAAUACCAACUUAGUAUAUGUUGUUAACUUCGAUAUACAGAGAAAAUAUUUUUAAAACCAUCCAGUGAAAUCUUUGUAUUCUCUCUUAGUUACGUCUGGCUAUGGUCACCUGAUCCUUAAAGCUUACUGUGUUCCAUACUAGAUGAAAACUGGGACUGUCAAUCAGUAGUUCAUUAGUUUUAGGAAUUUAGCCUAAUCAGUUCUAUUUAUACUACAAAACAGUGCAUUGUGGUGUGUGUGUAUAUACAUGGUAUAUUUUCGUUUAACAGGAAUUUUUGCACUCUUUAACAUUGUUGGAGUACGGCUUUGUUCUUGCUACUUCAAGUGCUGCAUUUGUUAGGUAUUAUGUGAGUCAAUAUAAUUUGAAUGGAAUGUUACCAAAUAGUGAAUAAUGUCUGACCUCAAUUCUUGCAGUGUGUUAUUUGUUGCAUUCUAAACCUGCAGUGUUGUAAAGGUGUUUUUUAUUUGGACAGAUGCCUAUGCAACAUUUUACUGAAAGCAGUGGAAUGUAAAGCAGUCCUUCCAUUAUGGAGUUUGCUUUUCGCACAAAUGAUGUUUAAUUGAGCCUCUCUUGAAUAUCCUGUUGUAUCAUGACAUGCAAUAUUAGAUAUGGAAAAUUGAUAAGGCAAAACUGAACGAUAGCAUUGUGCUCUGCUCCCUGACACUCAUGUUGUUUUGCACAUGGUGACACUUUUUUUUAAUUAUCCUAGUAAACAGUUUUUGCAUUUGUGAAUAGUGCCAAAAAGAUAAGCUGGGACCAUAAAGGCUCCCUGUCAUUUGUAAAACAAUUUGUUCACUACAAAUWUAUCUUGCCAGUGUACCUGAUUAUUCUGCAGAGACCAGCAGUGAUUGCAUAAGGGAAGACUGGAUUUCCUUCAUUCCCUGGCCUACCCAUUCUCCUUGAGCCAGCAAGAGUGUCUGCCAUGGAGAUUACUUCAUUUAAUUUGUCAGGUACAAGGAUCUCUGAGGGGCACCCACCCUCAGCAGUGCCCUGCUGACCCAGGACAGGUUCUUAUGGGUGACACAGCCMUGAGUGCCACCCUUCUGACUAUGGAACCACUCUGUCAUCCUGAAUUACUACAAUGGGAUGUUGUCACAGUUGUUUUCUGAAGGUUUUUUCUUCCAAAGAUUUUGUACUCUAGCUGKUUUUCCCCCCUAAUUCUCUAUUU